AUGACAACGGAACUGGGUGUCCGUGAUGUUACGGGCCGUGCAGUGGUGCGCGCAGUGCCCCCAAAACGCUGGGCUCGCCUCGUCGUUGACUCUACGGCCCGGGACGGCCUCGAUGGCCCCGCAGCAGAGCGUGCAGUUGCUGAUGGCCUGCUGCACCACCUCGUCAAGCCCGCGGCCCCUGCGCUGCUGCUCAGUUACCUCUCGGCAGCACUGGCAAGCGGAAUUGUCACUGCUCGAACAUUUGCCCUGUCGCUGCUCGCGCACCUCCACCGUGCCGAGGGCACCUCUGUGGUCGACACACCACAGCUUGCAUCUAUUGCCGGAACCCUUUUGGCCAACCCCACAGACCUGGGACCAGGCGAAUACCUGCCUUCCCCCGUCUCGCUGUCGAGCCUCGCUGAUGUGCCCGACGUCGGCACGAGCGCCUCGGCGGCCGCCGACGAAGUGCCGGCCCUCUCACUACUGAUGCCUUUGCUUCGACUGUGUGCCAACGCUCCCGCCCCCGUCCCCCUGCUCGCGCUCGCUGCGCGUCUGGCAGCGUUCAUCCCUCCUCUGCCGGCACCACCAUUCGAUGUCGGUCUCGAGGCGGCCCAGCUCUCGGGCUCGCUCCCAGAGGAUGUCGCCACACCCCUUCGCGAAUGCCUGGCGGGACUCAUGGCUGACCUGCCUUUGCCUGCUGCAGCCCCAGGUCCACCAGCUAUCACGCUCUUUGAUGGCCCGCUGGCUGGCCCAAAUGGAUCGUCGUUUGGCGAUCUUGGCGCGUCCCUCGCACCAUUGGGAGGGCCCCUAUCCCUCCCUCUGCCGCAAGCAGUCGCCUUCCUCAUCGAGUAUGCGCACCGUGCACACGGUUGGGUGCGGAAUUCGCAGUACGCAACGAGCCCGCCUACACCACCAAUGCACCUCAUCCAGCUCAUCCGUCUCGGCCGCGCGCUCACGGCCGACUCGCAAGAGUUCCUCGCAGCGCUCCUUGACGCCGCCAUCACACGCGUCAUCUCCAGCUGGUCUCAUGGGCCAUUUGCUGCGGUUCGCCCCUUUUCAUUCUUCACAGACGAGCUGCCGGUCCUGCUUCGGUGGUGGCGUGACAACUCGGAUCCCAAGUGGCCGUUCCCGCAAAACUUGCAGGGUGCGCUGGGCGAUGUGUUUGCGGCCCACUCGUCCCAGCUUGCAAACACAUACCAGGCGCUCAACUCGAUCUAUACGGCCAAGUUUUCGCAGUCGGAGCCCGACGACGAGGCCGGGCCGUAUGUCCAGCCUGACGGGUGGUCUAUGCUCUCCAUCGAGGCGACGGCUGUGCGCCGCUAUGUCUCACUGGGGCUGUUGGAUGACGAGGCGACGAUCGCUCUUACGGGAAGCGCGGUAAAGGCGACUCAGAACGGCGAGUCGCUGUUGGAACGACUGGCCACGUCGUCCCAGUCCCAUCUGGCCGCCCUGGAGUUCUUUAUUCCGUACGCUGCGGGCGCGACGCAUGCGUUUGGGUCAGAGCUGGCAAAGUGCAUUGCGAACAUUGCUCAACAACCGCCGCCUGAAAAUCUCUUUAUCCGCCUUGCCGGCUCUCCCUCCUUGCUCGGCCUAGUGUCCGCGUACAUUAUGCCAAUGACACUGCUAGACCUGCUCACGACCCAUCUCCUGGACCGCGCAGAAGACGAGGUGAUGCGUGCAGAGGACCCACAAGGCAGUCUUAUUCGCUUUGGCGCCGGUGUAGUGCUCGUCGAAGCAAUCUGCGCACAGUUCGAGCUUCCACUCCCGGACCUCUUGUAUGACGCUCGGCGCGCGACCAACCUCGCAGACCUGCCCGAGGUUGAGCUCAACCACCUGAACGGCUGGAUCAAGGCCCUGUUCGGCUCGGACGGCAUUGACGACGAGAUUGUCAUGACUACGUCGCCGCAGAACCUGUGCCGCUUCUCGUCCACCAUCGUGCAACAGUCGGUCGUGGCUGCCAUGUCUGGCCAGAUUGACCUCGACACACUGCACAGCGGACUGUCGUACUAUGCCCAGCCCCUGUUGAGCUGGUGUCUUGGCAGCGUUGUCGGCUGGUUGUGUGCUGAGAUUGAGCGCCAGGGAUUGUUGUCCGGCAUGCACCUGAACGUCCUGCAGACACUUGUCCUCGACUCGUCCUUCCCCGAGCCGUUACUGCGAGUAAACGCCAAGGCCAUCAACCACCUCUUGGAACAGACCACGGGACUCCAGCAGGUCCUCCAGAGUUCCAACUUUGACCAUGUGGCCGUGCGUGCGCGUCUGCAGGCUGUCGGGUCGGCCGAUGGCGGUGUUCUUAUGCCAGAGACCCCACGCUCGCCUCCUUUGCCGACACUACGCAGCGAGCUGCAAGCUGUGCGCCACUUGGACCUUGCUGCACCAGGCUGGGUCGAGCGUCUGCUUGACGCUUUGCGAUCCUCACUCAGCACACACGGAGGACUCAAGACAGUCGAGGCAGUGUUGACCGACAUUCUGUACCCGACCCUCACAGACGUGGAGGGUACCAACAGUGACCCGCUGGUCCAGUUCCUCGCCCUCAUCUCUAUCCUCCCCAUCCCGCGCGUCUCCCCGGUGCCAAUCGCAUUCACCAUUGUGGACGCGUACCUGCCGUCGCUGUUCGGUCCACGAUCAAUCCUCAUCCCGCCCCUUCCGCCACUCAACCCCUUUGUUGUCAACAUGGCCGGACAGCCGAACGAGACAUUGCCACCACCACCGAUCGAGGUGGCUGCGCGCGCACUGCAUCGUCUGCUGCGGUUGGCCCUGUUUGCUGCAGACGCCGAGAGCGACGCUAUUGCCAACACACUCGCGUCCCACCUCGCCGACGAGCUGGCGUUCCAGCGCGCACGUCCCGACGCGGGCAGUAAACGCAAACGCGUUACCAAGGGCCCCGGAUCAGGCGAGCCGCCCAUGAGCGCCGACCUGCGUGAGAUGCUCAACCAGCUGAGUGCGGCGUUUGAGGCCGAUGACGAGGUCAAGGCGCGGUGGCCAGCUCUGGGCGCCUAG